UGUGUGUAGUCAUGGAGAGACGUGGGGACGGCUCUCCUCGGCUCUGCUGCUGCUGCCGUGUCCUACGUGAUGACAGCUGACCAGUCCUGCGGUCCGCCGGGACACCCACGCCGCAGAUAAACGCACUUCUUGCGGGAAAAACUCGUGACCCCGCGACACACGCAGUCACACAGGCGUGGGACGUGGAGCUGCUCAAAAAGUUGUGUGUCGGAGACGAAGCUCAUCCAGCUCCGACACUCCACACCAGCAGCUGCAGGAGGGGAUAGCUGGGACAUAACGGACUUACACUUACACUUUCAGCUGCUUAUAGGUUAUGAGUCAUGGAAGCGGGCUCAGUGGUUCGCGCUGUGUUCGAGUUUCUCCCCAGCGUCCCGGAGGAGCUCCCGCUCUUCACUGGGGAUGUCAUCGAAGUGCUCAGCGUCGUGGACGAGUUCUGGCUGCUCGGUAACAAAGAUGGCGUCACAGGUCAGUUCCCCACCACCUUCGUGGAGGAAGUUACCAUUCCCAGCACCAAGCCCGGAGACCGACUCUACGUGUGCAUCAAUGAUUUCAGCUCAGCAGAGCCAGGCAACCUGUCUCUGAAGAGAGGUGAUGUGGUGUUAGGAGAGGCAGGAGGCUCCCUGGACCCCGGGGAGACCUGGCAACGUGGCUGUAACGCCUGGGGUGUCCGUGGACUCUUCCCUGCAUCAUGUGUGAAGGAGCUGAACCUGUCGUACCGCUCCAGGCAGCUUUCCGAACGCUCGGCUCAGGCCCAGGCUUCGGAGCUCCCGCAUUACGCCCUCGGUCAAGCCCGGGCGCUCAUGAACCUUCACGCCCAGCUCAGCGAAGAGCUGGACUUCCGCGAGGGGGACCUGAUCAUGAUCACGGGACUGCCCGAGCCAGGCUGGUUCCAGGGCGAGCUGGAGGGCCGGAGGGGGGUGUUCCCGGAGGGAUUCGUGGAGCUCCUGGCUCCUCUCCGAUCCCCUCAAGAGCCACCCGACUGCCAGUAUUUAAAUGAGGAGAAUCAACAAUUUACCUACGAGGACAGUUAUGACGCAGAAGAAGUUACGGAGGAGGAGGAGGUUAUGGAAGAGGGGGACGUUUUUCUGACGGAAGAAGAAGAAAAAGAAAAGGAAUCUUUCUUAGAGGAAGAGGAUGAGGAGGAAGGCGGUGUCUACGGAGUGGCACUUUAUGAGUUUCGGGCCAUGGAGCCGGGCGAGCUGGACUUCGAUGUGGGCGAUCGCAUUCGCGUUGUAAAUACUUUAGAAGACGGUUGGCUGGAGGGAGAACUGCGGGGGCUGCGGGGAAUCUUUCCUCAUCGUUUCAUCAAACUAGAAGACGAGGGGCAGAAAGCUGCAGAGGGAAUAAAUGUUGCCGAAGCAGAAGAAGAAGAAGGGCAGAGCAGUUGCAGCGAUCUCAGCUCCGGUCGUUUACAUCCUGACGUUUCGGAGAAUGAUCCUGAAUGGAGCACGUAUGAAGAUCACACCGUGUGGGACUUGGACUACUUUGAGACGACUGAAGAGCACAGGUGGCAGUGCCAGAAUACAAGCGGGGGUCAGAAUAAUAACAGAGGGCAAAGAGAGCGAGGUAACAGGCCCGACACUCAGCCGCGUAGACCUAUCCCACCAUUUCAGAGAGCGCCUCAAAGACCCAGAUCCAUUCCUCCACCGAGGCCGAGACUCCCACCUCGGCCCAGUCUACCUGCACAUCACGGCAGGCAACACGUCAGCCCAACAUCCAGUAGAAAUAAGUUUAACUUUACUAACGGUAACAGUAGACCGUCACAGCCCAAACUAAGUCACAGCCAAACACUCCCGAGCACUCAUUCAGGUUGGUCUCAGGAGGACAAAUAUCACCAGUGGCCGUCGACGGACACUUCCUCCACCAAUAAAAGGUGUGCCAGUAUUGGCCAGGCGUUAAUGAACAUUGUCGAAGGGCAGAAACAGCGGAGAAUGAGUCGCCAUGCCAGUGUGAGCGACGCCGACAUGAUGCAGAGUGCCGACGCAUAUACGCGUUCGCAGCAGAGGAAACGAGGCACCAACGGGAUUCUUCCGUCAUCCAUCACCUUACAGGCGCUGGCAACGUCGGCCGGUGAGCUGGAGGCCAAACUGUCCCAGCAGCUUUUUGAAUUCGAGAAAAGUUUGACUAGUUUUUGCGGCGACGCCGGCGUGAACUCCGGUGCUUCCAGCGACGCCUCGUCUGCAGCCGAGCUGAACCAACAGUCCUCUAUCUCGCGUCACUAUUCCAUUCUUGACUACAGGGAUGAAAAUGAUAUUAUCCGCGGCUCCUUGCGUUCUCCUGGAUCCAACAUCUUGCAGUCUAAGUCUUUGUCUUUGGGGAGACACAGAACCCUUCGCCCUCCUCCUCCUCGUCCUCGGGUCUUGCGUCCCCCACCCCCGGCUGCGUGCAGACCUGCCCGUCCCGCUCCGCGCCCACCUCCACGCUGCCCGAGACAAAAUGCCCCCUGUCCCCCCGAUAACUCCCUCACUAACGCCCCGAUGUUCUACGCUCCCGACGACCCCGUUACGACGUGUCUGACAGAAGAUCAGGACGAUCCUGGUGACCUGGCUUCAGCUCAGGAGCAAGAAAUCCAGUGCCAGCAAGACGCAGAGGAGGAGUACAACAGGGAAAUGGAGUUGGAGAGCGAGAGGCAAAGAGUGGAGGAAGAGGAAGAUGAGGAGAGGUACCAGCUGCUGUUACGGCUACAGGAAGUGGAGCACGACAUGGAGGAAUAUGCUCGCACGGCAGAGGAACUCAGGGCAAUGUUGGAGGAGGAGGAAGAAGAAGCGGCCCGCAUGCAAGCCCUGGAGAAUCUGGAGUUCUGCAACUACACACUGGAGACGCUGACGCUGGAGCAUCAGCAGCUGCAAGAGAUGACACUUUUGUCAUCGCAACCCAAGCCCGUGGACUCCAACCCCAUUUCAGAUUCGGCCCCCUCCCCGUGCACGGGCUCUGAGGAUCCGGAGCUGAGGAUGCUGGAAAAGAGGGCGAAAGUCAUCGAGGAGCUUCUCAAGACUGAGAGGGACUACAUUAAAGACCUGCAGAUGUGCGUCGAGGAGAUCAUUGAGCCCAUGCAGGAGAAGCAGGGGAAGAAUGUGGACUUCAGUGGACUCUUCGGUAACAUCACGUCUGUGAUUGAUUUGUCCCAACGGCUGUUUGAUGCACUGCAGGAGACGGACUUUAUUGGAAAGGUAUUUCUGGACUACAAAGCUGAGCUAGAGGACGUUUACAAGCUCUACUGCCAAAACCACGAUGAUGCCAUUUCUCUGCUGGAGAUCUACGAGAAAGACGAAAACAUUCAGUGUCAUGUGCUGGAGUGUCUGGAGAGGUUGAGAGCCAUAUAUCGUGACUGGGGUAAAACAAACUACAUCAACCUUGGCUCCUUCUUGAUUAAGCCAGUGCAGCGAGUUAUGCGUUAUCCGCUGCUGCUGUCGGAGCUGCUGGGGGCCACGCCAGAGAGCCACCACGACUGGCCCCUGCUCUCUGAGGCCGUGCAGGCCGUCAAGGAGAUCAACGUGAACAUCAAUGAAUACAAGCGCAGGAAGGACCUCGUGAUGAAAUACAGGAAAGGAGAUGAAGACACGUUCAUAGACAAGAUCUCCAAGCUGAGCAUGCACUCCAUCAUCAAAAAGUCUAACCGUGUCAGCAGCCACCUCAAGCAUCUCACUGGGAUCUCGCCUCAGAUUAAGGAUGAAGACUUUGAUGAAGCUGAAAAGAAGUUCAGGCUUCAGGAGAGACUCAUCAAGUCUUUUAUCAGGGACAUUUCCUUAUAUUUGCAACAUAUCAGGGAAUCGGCAUCGGUGAAGGUCUUGGCUGCCAUCAGUUUCAGUGACAUCUACACAGAGCGCAGCGUGCUGGAUCCUGAACGCUUCCAGAAAGCUCACCGCUGCAUCAGCGACAAACAGUUCACACAGUUUAAGAACCGUACGGAGGCCCUGGUCAUCAACCCGCUCACCCAGCUCCUCCUCAUGUUUGCUGGUCCGCACAAACUGGUCCAGAAGCGCUUCGACAAGCUGCUGGACUACGACAACUGCAAGGAGCGUGCUGAUCGUCUGAAGGACCGCCGCAUCCAGGACGAGCUGCAGGUGGCACGCAAUAACUACGAGGCGCUUAACGCUCAACUUCUGGACGAGCUGCCCAAGUUCCACAGGGCGGCGGAGGAGCUGUUCACAGGCUGCGUGAGGGCCUUCGCUCAGUCGCAGAAGGACUUCAUGAAGACGACACUGGAAGAGCUGCGGCCCUUGCUGCAGUUUUCUAACAAAUUUGAAACGGAGGGAAACCUGAUUGCACAAUUUCAAGAAGGGUACAACCACGUCCUCCAACUCCUUCAGAGCUUCAGCUUCUGCCCAGAGAACCUCCCCCCGGCCACGGCCACCAAGAAACAGCCGGAGAAGAAAACGGUGGAGAAACAAACGUCUAAGAAGCAGCCGCAGGGACCUCCCGACUGCAUGAUGCAGACAGAUGAGCACCGCGCAGCACUUCUGGUGCGGUACGGCCCCGAGAAGCUGUUCCAGGCUGAGAGGAACUUUAACGCCGCUCAGGAUCUGGACAUCUCGAUACAAGAGGGCGACCUCGUGGGUGUAAUCAAGCAGCAGGACCCCAUGGGUAGCCACAACCGCUGGCUCAUUGAUAAUGGAGUCACCAAGGGUUUCAUGUACAGCUCCUUCCUCAAAGCCUACAACCCCCGCAGGAGCCAGUCGGACCUGUCCAUUGAGAGCCAGUCGUCCAAUGAGUCGGGUUACGGCGGGUCCUCGCCUGUUUUCUCCCGCCAGAACAGCAACAGCACGCUGACCUUUAACCAGGAAACGGCCACGGUCAGCUUUUCCACGUCGCAGCCCCAAAGCCACCCGUCGCCACACCCGUCUUUAGACUCGGGCUCGUCUCGUAGGAGCCACCACCACCACCACCCUGACCCCGUCAGUCAGAACAACUCUGUGAACUCCUCCCCUCUAAAUCCCUCAAACCGCAGAGACUUUUCCGAACAAUCGCACCGAAACCCCCCCGGGCACAGAGACCCGGAGCACUCCUACCGGCACUCGGCCGCUCACAGAGACUCGUACGACGCCAGUUACAGAAGCGGCUACAAGGACACGUCAGACUUCUCCGAGACGGACUCUUGUUCUUCUCAGAGAAACAGCCGCUCGCAGCGGUACGACAAAAGCUACGGAUCGCAUCAGUGGAGGAACGGAGACGGUACCGGCCAGAGAAAGUCGACGCACAUCCGGGAGGAGUACACUGAGCCCAAACCAGAACCAGAACAGGACGGGGAGCUGGACGGCCAUCAGAUCUAUUAUGCUCUGUACUCCUUCAAUGCCCGCUGCGCCAACGAACUGAGCAUCUCAGCCAAUCAGCGGCUGCGGAUCCUGGAGUUCAAGGACAUGAACGGCAACAACGAAUGGUGGCUGGGGGAGGCCGAAGGGCGACAAGGAUACGUGCCUUCCAACUACAUCCGCAAAUCGGAGUACACAUGAAGAAGCCUUAUCUGGAGGAUAACGCGCACAUCCUGAGAAGUCUGCGAGCACGGACAGAACAAAGGAAAAACAAGCAUCUUGACACGCUGUGACUUAUUUUGGGACUGUUCUCCUGGAGUUUGAUAGUGAGAGAGACUGACUUUUGCUGCAUAUGCUGCUCCUGAGAGAAUUAUAUGCCUAUAUUUAUAUGCUUUUUUUUUUUUAAGAUGUUUUUUUUUACUUUGAGGAAGCUACAUUCUGGCCCCUUUUUCUAUUGUAAAACCUGAUAAUCGCCAUAUUCUGAGACUGAGGAAGGUUAAUUGCAUGUUGAAGCAAAAAGUCUUAAAGUUUGGCACACUGGGAGAUUGCAAUGGAAAUGUGAAUGUUUGAGACCGGCUCAUAAACAGGAGCACCAGACUGACCUUAACAGUGCAUGCAUUUUUUUUUUUUUGUUUUUUGUUUUUGUUUUUACACAAUUUUUAUGAUGCAUGAAUAUGAGAAUAUAAGUUACGUCGUGCUGUUCAACAAUCAAGGCACUUACUGGAUGCCGGUGACAGGUUUGACGUGUCUGCAGGGCCAUCAACAGUAGUUUGGAGUUUUGCAUUAAAUGAGUGGUCGUCCGGCUUCCAACAUAUGGUUUACAAGCACUCCUUUAAACCUCGGCAGCAGCCUGACAACUUUGUUCUUUUUUUUUUUUUUUUUCUUUUAAAAGUUGUGCUGACUCAGUAAGAAGUGACUAAUGAAUUGUGGGAGAAAGUUUCUGAUUUAACUUUUCUCAACAUACUUUCACACGGACAUUAAGGGCUAUGUAAUGCUGUAUACUGAGAAUAUUAUGUUGGCCCUCUGUAAAGUCAUCGCUGUUUGAAUUAAAAAAAAAAACAGUUUGACUGAAGAAAUGAGUGAAUUUUUUUUUCGUUUUCACUGAUGUUUCAUCUUAGCUUAUUAAGUGCUGAUGACACCAGUUUUGCAACAUGUAGGAGCAUAUUGAGACACGGCGAAGUACAUACAUUUUCAGGUGGGUCAGCUGAAAACUUAAUGUUCCAGGUGUGCUCCAUUCCUUUACCUUAACCUCCUGAGACCCGAACAAAAUUGAGCAAUGCAUUUUUGAGUCCUUCUAGUUAUUCUGGAUUAUUAGAACCUAAGAAGUGUAAAAAAUAAGUAUUAUCAAUAUACCUGUUGUAGUUUUCCUAAAAAGUGAUGUCCUCAUAUGAGGACGUUAGGAAUUCAUUUUACGAAAGUGGACAAAAUAUACACAAUGACAAAACCACGGUGUGGCAAACAAAGAAUACUCUAUU